AUGGGCGGCCGUGUCGGCCACGGCCUCCUCGUUCUCUUCGUCAACCUUCAUGACGACCUGCCUCCGCUCCGCGACGAGGACAUUGUCCGCCUCGCCAAAGAGCCCCAGCACCAGCUGCGCCUUGCGGACUUGGUCCGUCACGGCUGGCCGCCCCUCGGCGAAAAGGCCCUGUUGCAGAGCGCCAACUUCUCGCUCGACCUCAUCCCCGUCCGCCUCGCCCGCCGUCUGCAGGCCCUCCGCAACCUGCCCUACAUUGUCGUCUCCAACAGCCACGUCCGCCAAAUCUACCGCAACUACCGCCACAGUCUGCGCUCACUGCUGCCCUGGUGGCGCCGCCGCCGCGCCCAGGGCGGCGGUGCCAUCACUACGCUCGACGAGGAGAUUGCCUUCACCGACGUGCUCGCCGAGCUGGUGACGACGCACCAGAACACGAUCCCCAUCCUAGCCCAAGGCUUCUUGGAGUCGCGCAAGUACAUUGCGCCCGCCGACGUCACCACCUUCCUGGACGAGCACCUGCGCGCCCGCAUCGGCACGCGCCUCAUUGCCGAGCAGCACAUUGCCCUGCACCUGAGCAGCCGGCCAUUCUAUGGGGUGUCGGGUGCAAGCCCGGGAAGCCCAGGAAGCCUAGGAAGCCCCGGUAGCCCCGGCAGCCCGGGGGACAUUGUGGGUAGCUCACAAGCCGACGUGAACGCUGCUGCCGCCGCCGCCGCGGAGAACAGCGAAACGGCCCCGCCGACUAGCGAGGCGUCGUCCUACAUUGGCAUCAUCGACACCCAGCUGCGGCCCGCCCGCACGAUUGACAGCUGUGCGGGCUUUGUGGCCGACAUUUGCGAGCUCAAGUACGGCGUCCGGCCCCAGUGGCGCAUCGACGGUGAGCCCGACACCACGUUCGCCUAUGUGCCCAUGCACCUGGAGUACAUUGUCACCGAGCUGCUCAAGAACGCGUUUCGGGCCGUUGUCGAGAACAGGAUGCACCGCGAUCCGGUCGUCAUCACCAUUGCCCCAGAGCCGUCCGGUGGCAGCAGUAGUGUGGCUGGCAGUGGCAGCAGCAGCAACCAUUACAACAACUACAAAAACAACAACAAUGGAAACCAAAACACCAGCAGCAUUCUGCCCCUCGACGACAACGCCCCCGGCGUGACCAUCCGCAUCCGCGACCGUGGCGGCGGCAUCUCCCCAGACGUGCUGCCCAACAUCUGGUCGUACUCCUUUACAACCUUUUCCGACUACGACGACCUGCCCGUGGGGACGGCGCCCGGCGGCGGUGGCGACGUGAGCGACGGGCUCAAUAUCAUCGCGUCGUCCAACAAUGGCGGCAGCUCCAUUGCUGGCCUGGGCUACGGCCUGCCGCUGAGCCGCGCGUAUGCCGAGUACUUUGGCGGCGGUAUCGCUGUGCAGAGCCUGUAUGGAUGGGGCACAGACGUGUAUCUGCGCCUCAAGGGUGUUGGCAACAUUGAGUAA